AUGCUAGGCUGUACAGUGUUGAUGUCUCCCCCUGUUCAGUGGUCGUUAUCCCUGCCUCUGUCGGAGCUGUACUCUCUGCAACGGUCCUGUUUCUCCCUGGGCCGUAACUUCCUGGUUCUGACCAGCAGGCCACCCCCUCCCUCCUCUGCACUUUCACAGCGGGGGCACCAGGGAGCUGCUGAGGGCCCUGCAGCGUCGCAUCAUCCUGGCCCUGUGAGUAGCAGCAGAUAGCUGCUACUUCAAGGCAUUUCACUGGCAUUUAACUGGACUCUGAACAGUAGAGAGUUUAGCAGCUGGUCUACACUGUACACAACUCUCUUAUCAUCAUGUUUGGAAGUGUCUUUCCCAUAUUUCCCCCUCAUUUCUAUUUUUCUAGCUCUUUCUUUCUUCUUUUACGGUCUGUCUAUUACUCUCUGCCUCACUCUCUCACCCAUUACUUAUGUAUUUUUAUCUUGUUUUCAGGUCACCAUUAGAUGGGUGUCACUUCCUAGCUCUUUGAUGAUGGAAAUUCCUACCUUGUCUCUGUAAGGAUUGUGUGUUGUCAGUAUGUUUCUGAAGAUGUGUAAUGUGUUAGUAUGUGACUAUGAGUUCAUAAACAUCUCAAUCUCUUUGUUUCCAGAAGUUUAUCCAGGACCCUUAUGCCACCACCUUUUGGGGGAUUCUCCAAGGUCACCAACUUCUUCAAAGGGGCCCGACGACCACCAGAUUCCGCCCUCAGCUGACGACAAAACAGGUUUUGAGCUCAUCGCCUGUGUA